AAAGAAUAUUACGACGCGACAAACAAAAUGUGCACUGAUGUAGCAUGUCAAUGUGGCAAUAAAAAAUCCAAAACAAUUUUCAAUAUAUUUAAGAAAUUGCUACCGAAGCGCAGAAAAAAACAGAACAGUUAUCUGCCUUUAACUCAGUUGGAUAUCGAUGACGAAGUUGAAAUCAAAUCGCAUAAUUACUGUCAGGAAAAUUGGGAUGCCCUAAGUACGGAUACUUCUCCUACGUAUCCGUUUGGGGGCCGGUCAUCACCUGAUACUUCAGAAGAGGAGCAAGAACUGCUUGGUGGGCGAAGGAUACGCGGUGGAGAGUGUAAACAUUUGAUUAAUUGCAAGUUCAUCGGAAGAGAGUGCCGUGAUAAGAAGGUUAGGUCUAGUGAGGCUCUGGGACUUAGAAGAUUGAAUAAAUUCUCAACGCAUUCGUUACCACCAAAGUAUCAGCAAAAAAACAAAAAAGACUCGUUUUUCCAAUAUUUUGCAAAUGCCGAAGAAUUAUUAUCUGGAAUAGCUAGUGAAGAUUCAAUGAAACGUACUGAAACUUCUAGAGGAAAAAAAUCUAGCAUAAAUACAAAUAAUAAGAAAUUGGAAAAUACUGACUUGCUACCAAGUCAAGCCUCAUCACCCCCUUCUGCUGAUAGUGUUCUUAGCGAGAAUACUUGCAGUGCAAUUUUCGGAACUCUACCUGAGGGAUUAACAUUGAAAUCCGAAGAACCCUCUUCAAGCCAGCAAAAUUUAUUAUUUGGUAGCGCGAAAUUAGAAAAAGCGACAGGAAACGAGGCAUCUCUAAAGUCCGCCAGCAUAGAAUCUCGUAUCAGCAAAAUAUCGAAUCAAAGCAUAAAAGAUUCGAUAGCUGACACAUCUGCAAGUAAGGAAUCGCCAAAAAUCAAAUUUCUAGAACAAGCACCUGAUAGUACUUUAAAGAGAGCAUCGAUUUCCGACCAGCAGCCGAACAGUCUUAAAGAAAAUCAGACUGGGAUAAUUCAACCAGCAGCUGCUAAACAACAUAGUACUCAACUUAAUCAACUGCUAUAUAAAGACGAUAGAACAGAAAUCAGUCUUGUACAAAAAUUAGGUUCAAAAAAAGAAAGCACAUCAUCGCGUACUUCAUUUAAUGAACAAUUACCGACAACUAGCUGGUCGCAUACACCUAUUAAAUUAAAAAUAUCCCUACAUAACACACUCAUACCAGACGAAGAAGAGAUUGAAUCUUUAGCAAUGGCGUCACCAAAAAGUCAAGACAAAAUUGUUGAAACAAAAGACUCGUUUCCCCUACAUCAAGAUUGGCCUGGAAGCUCUAAAACUGGCAAAGUUAUAUUGUCCAGCGACAAAACGCAACAAACUUCUGAUAACAAUUUUUAUCGCACUCCAGGUGAAAAAACUCAAUAUUCUAGUAGUACUCCAUCACGUCGCAACAUUUCUGAUUAUUCACGCGUAUCUUCAGAUCCGAAGUAUGAUUUACCAGAAAAGGAUGUUAUUUGUAAAAGGAAUAAUUGCAGCUGCGCAAUAUGUAAAACUAAACAACUGCCACAAGCAUCACAUUGCAGCUGUUGCAGGUGUGCCAAUGCAAUUGAUAGUCACAGAACCCAGGAACCAAUUUACCAUGAGCAAAUGAUGGUGUAUCCAGAGCCCAAUUAUCAUGUUACUGCCUAUCCACCGAGUAGCACCAAUACGGACAUUCCAGAUUAUUUACCACCGCUUCCUCCAGCUCCUCAGCGACAUCCUAGAAGGCCUACGUCGCCUGCACAAUAUCGUAACAGAUGCCAUGAAAAAUGUACUUGUGGUUUAAAGCCACCUCAAUUAUUUAUAUGCCACCCAGCAGGUUUUAAUCAACCCUCAGGUUCAUUGAGAUGUCAACCAGAAAGUGAUAGAUAUAAUAUGGAAUACGCUAAUAGAGACGAAUAUGAAUAUUCAGAUCGAUUGAGAGAUCUGCCUUAUCAAAACAAUGAGGAAUAUUUGCAAUUAGUUGAAGAACUUCAAGAUACCUUACAUUCCCGUAAUAGAAACAGGGUGAAACGAGCUAUGCAAGAAUUCGAAGCUCGUAGCAAACAAAACAAGCCUUUGGAAAAACCCAUAAUAAAUUAUGAUGAGACUAGCGACAGUGAGGAACCAAUAAUAAGAAAAAUUGACCAGUUAAGAGUCGGAAAAAUAAUCUGCUGUGCUGGCGAUAAAUGCACAUGUGGAAAAAUGAAGCUUACAACUCCGAAACCUAGAAGACAUCAGCGAAGAAGAGAGAAGUUGGAUGUUGAUGAAAGGCCCUCGCAUUGGACAAUGGAUCCCGGUUCUGGAGAAUGGCAAAAAGCGAACAGAUCUAGAAUGACCAAAGAUGAGGAGUUCAAACAUCAUUGCACUUGUAAUUGUAUCAAUUGUGAACAAAGGUAUUAAUAAAUACAUAAUAAUAUUAUGCAUUUAUGUUGAUAUAUUUUAUCAACAAAAGUGACGUAUUUCUAUAUGUUAUUGAUUUGUUUUUGUUUUUUGUUUCAUUAACAAUCACAAUCAGGAAUUAUUUUUAGAGUCAUUUCAUGCGUGCAUAAAUAUUUAAAAACUGUUCAUCGUAAUAUAAUUUCGAUUUCAUUGAAUAUAUUUCACGCUCAUAUUCGCGCACUUUUUCUUA